AUGGGGGGCCUGGGUGGAGGCAUGGGGGGCUUUGGAGGGGGCAUGGGCGGCGGUGGAGGAGGGAUGGGGGGCUUUGGCGGCGGCAUAGGCGGUGGAAUGGGUGGUUUCGGCGGCGCCGGCUUCCCCGGAGGGAUCCAGCCCGUGCAGGUGGAUCCCAGCCUGCUCCGGCCCGUCCACGUGGAGAUCGACCCCCAGAUCCAGCAGGUGAAAACCCAGGAGAAGGAGCAGAUCAAGACCCUCAACAACCAGUUCGCCUCCUUCAUCGACAAGGUGCGGUUCCUGGAGCAGCAGAACAAGGUCCUGUCCACCAAGUGGGAGCUGCUGCAGCAGCAGGGGCCGUCGGGGCCCAGGAAGGACCUGACGGUGAUCUUUGAGAGCUACAUCCAGAACCUGAGGAGGCAGCUGGAGAACCUGCUGGGGCAGCGGGGGCAGCUGGAGUCGGAGCUGCAGAACAUGCGGCAGUACGUGGAGGAGUUCAAGAGCAAGUAUGAGGAGGAGAUCAACCGGCGCACGGCGGCCGAGAAUGAGUUCGUGGUACUGAAGAAGGACGUGGACUGUGCCUACAUGGCCAAAGUGGAGCUGGAGGCCAAGGUGGGAGCUCUGACCGACGAGAUCAACUUCCUGAGGUGCAUCUACGAGGAGGAGCUGUCCCAGAUGCAGAGCAUCAGCCGGGACCUGUCCGUGGUGGUGUCCAUGGACAACAACCGGCACCUGGACCUGGACAGCAUCAUCGAGGAGGUCCGGCGCCAGUACGAGCAGAUCGCCCAGAGCAGCCGGGCCGAGGCCGAGGCCUGGUACCAGAGCAGGUACGAGGAGCUGCAGAACACGGCGGGCAAACACGGGGACAGCCUGAGGAACACCAAGCUGGAGAUCCAGGAGCUCACCAGGAACGUGCAGAGGCUGCGGGCCGAGAUCGAGAACGUCAAGAAGCAGAACCAGCAGCUCCAGUCGGCCAUCGCCGAGGCCGAGGAGAGGGGCGAGAUGGCCCUCAAGGACGCCCGCAGGAAGCUGGAGGAGCUGGAAUGUGCCCUGAGCAAGGACAAGGAGGAGCUGGCCCGGCUGCUGAAGGAGUACCAGGAGCUGCUCAACACCAAGAUCGCGCUGGACGUGGAGAUCGCCAUGUACAGGAAGCUGCUGGAGGGGGAGGAGAACCGAAUAACUGGGAAACUCUGA